GUUCUCGAGAUGGGCGUCUAUGAUAAAGAGUAAACACCCAGGGGACCUCUCUCUCUCUCUUCUCUUCUCUUAUAGAGGCGCAGUGGGUACUGGAGAAUCAUCCAACAGCGGUGGGAGUAACAGUAGCGGUAAGCAUCAACAGCACCAGAUGGACAGCAGCAAAUAUGUUCGGUACACUCCAGAGCAGGUGGAGGCUCUUGAGAGAGUCUAUUCCGAGUGCCCAAAGCCCUCCUCUCUUAGGAGGCAACAGCUCAUUAGGGAGUGCCCCAUUCUCUCUAACAUUGAGCCUAAACAGAUCAAAGUCUGGUUCCAAAACAGAAGAUGCCGUGAAAAACAAAGAAAAGAAGCUUCUCGUCUACAAACUGUUAACCGGAAGCUGAGUGCUAUGAACAAGCUUUUGAUGGAAGAGAAUGACCGUUUGCAGAAGCAGGUCUCUCAGCUAGUUUAUGAGAAUGGUUAUAUGAGAACACAAUUGCAUACUGUUAACACUACGACCACAGAUACCAGCUGUGAAUCUGUGGUCGUGAGUGGUCAGCAGCAACAACAGAACCCAACACCCCAGCAUCCUCAAAGGGAUGCUAACAACCCAGCUGGCCUUCUCGCAAUAGCUGAGGAGACCCUGGCAGAGUUCCUUGGAAAGGCUACUGGAACGGCUGUCGACUGGGUUCAGAUGAUUGGGAUGAAGCCUGGUCCGGAUUCCAUUGGGAUCGUUGCUGUUUCCCGCAACUGUAGCGGAGUAGCAGGACGAGCCUGUGGUCUUGUGAGCCUCGAGCCCACAAAGGUUGCUGAGAUUCUAAAAGAUCGUCCUUCCUGGUAUCGUGAUUGCCGUUGUCUUGAUGUGCUGAGUGUACUCCCGACAGGGAAUGGAGGGACGAUUGAACUCAUAUAUAUGCAGACAUAUGCACCGACAACAUUGGCAUCAGCUCGGGACUUUUGGACGCUGAGAUAUACUACGAGCUUGGAAGAUGGCAGUCUUGUGAUAUGCGAGAGAUCGUUGAGUUCUAAAACUGGUGGCCCGUCAGGGCCUCCUGCCACGAGCUUUGUGAGGGCAGAAAUGCUACCAAGUGGCUAUCUUAUAAGGCCUUGCGAGGGAGGGGGCUCCAUUAUUCACAUUGUCGAUCAUGUUGAUCUCGAUGCUUGGAACGUUCCUGAAGUUCUGAGACCACUCUACGAGUCAUCCAAGAUUCUUGUACAGAAGAUGACGAUGGCUGCCUUGCGCCACAUACGGCAAAUUGCACAGGAAACGAGUGGAGAAAUACAGUACAGUGGGGGCCGACAACCCGCAGUUCUGAGGGCUCUAAGUCAGAGACUAUGCAGGGGAUUCAAUGAUGCUGUUAAUGGGUUUGUUGAUGAUGGAUGGACGGUUCUGGGAAGUGACGGUGUAGAGGAUGUAACCAUUGCCAUAAACUCGUCUCCGAGCAAAUUUCUGGGUUCCCAGUACAAUAAUUUAUCGAUGCUUCCGACUUUUGGCGGAGUCCUGUGUGCAAGGGCAUCAAUGCUGCUUCAGAAUGUUCCCCCUGCUUUACUUGUUCGUUUCCUGAGGGAGCACCGUUCUGAGUGGGCCGACUAUGGGGUCGAUGCGUAUUCUGCUGCUUCUCUUAAAGCUAGUCCAUAUGCUGUGCCUUGCGCAAGGCCGGGAGGCUUCCCUAGUAGCCAGGUCAUUUUACCUCUCGCUCAGACUGUGGAGCACGAGGAGUUUCUGGAGGUGGUUCGUCUGGAGGGUCAUGCCUUUUCACCCGAGGACAUAGCGUUAUCACGGGAUAUGUACUUGUUACAGCUAUGCAGUGGCAUUGAUGAGAACGCUGCGGGAGCUUGUGCACAGCUUGUUUUUGCGCCAAUUGAUGAAUCUUUUGGCGAUGAUGCUCCUCUGCUCCCAUCUGGUUUUCGUGUCAUCCCGGUGGAGCCAAAAUCAGAUGCACCCGGAACGACUCGAACCUUGGAUUUAGCUUCUACCCUUGAAGCAGGAAACGGCGGAAGUACUCGUCCCGCUGGUGGUGAAGUUGAAUCUAACAAUUACAACCUCCGUUCCGUUCUGACAAUCGCGUUCCAGUUCACUUUUGAGAACCAUUAUCGCGACAAUGUUGCUGCUAUGGCCCGUCAAUAUGUGCGUAGCAUUGUAAGUUCUGUUCAGCGAGUGGCAAUGGCCAUCGCUCCGUCCCAACUCAGCUCCAAUUUGACGCCAAGGCCAUUACCUGGCUCCCCAGAAGCUAUUACUUUGGCUCGAUGGAUCUGCAGGAGCUAUAGAAUGCAUACUGGGAGUGAACUGCUACAGUUAGAGUCACAAGCCGGUGAUGCCGUUUUGAAACAACUCUGGCACCAUUCUGAUGCAAUAAUGUGCUGCUCCGUCAAAAUGAAUGCUUCUGCAGUUUUCACAUUUGCGAACCAGGCAGGGCUAGACUUGCUAGAAACCACACUUCUCGCCCUCCAGGAUAUAAUGCUUGAUAAGAUUCUAGAUGAAGCAGGUCGGAAAGUUCUUGUCUCGGAGUUCUCGAAGAUCAUGCAGCAGGGGUUUGCGUAUCUACCAGCCGGAAUCUGUGUAUCCAGCAUGGGCAGGCCCGUGUCUUACGAACAAGCUGUUGCGUGGAAGGUUCUGAACGACGAUGACACCAAUCACUGCCUAGCUUUCAUGUUCGUAAAUUGGUCUUUCGUUUAAUAAGUGGUCGUGUAAUGUUACUACUACUAUUACUACUACUACUCGGAUAGCUACAGAACCUCGUCGUCUAAGUUAUUUUGCAGUACCCCCAGUAUUUUGGUUAAAAAUUAAAGGUUGUAUGACAUGAUGAUAUGGUAGCUGUGUUUUAUGUUUAAAUAUAUUUGCAUGAGACAUUAUGGUAAUGAUGGGCAUAUGUUUUUCUUAA